AUGGUGGUUAAGAACAUAUACAUUUCGAGACAUGCCCAUUCUUCUGCAUGGCUACCGGAAGAUGAACAACCAUUAAGUAGGACGGGGAUACUGAAUGAUCUCCCAUUAUCUGAGCAUGGUGUUAACCAAUCUAGGGAAUUGGCUCAUUAUAUAUUAUCGGUUGAUACACAACCAGAUAUAAUAAUAGCGUCUCCGUUCUAUUCCUGCGUGGAAACUUCAAAAUAUAUUGCUAACUUGUUGGAUAUUCCUGUAUUUUUAGAUAAAGGGUUAGGAAACUGGUUUGAUAAAGAUAAUGAGAAAGUAAUUAAUCCAGCUGAUUUUAAUACUUUAAACAGUCUAUUUCCAGGUAUACUGAAGAAUGACUGGGGUAAUGGAUCCAGUGUGGAAUCUCUCAGGGAUGGUGAAACAAAAGGAGAGUUGUAUUCUAGAAGUGCAAAGUUUAUCAUAAAUAUGUUGGAAAAACUCAAUAAAGAACAUCCAGAUGUAGAGACUGUGUUGUUAAUGACUCAUGCCCCUGUGAAAAUAUCCAUUGGGAUGAAUAUACUGAAGCUGAAGAAUUGUGAUAGCCCAUUGGAUGAAGAUGGUAAUAUAUUGCAAGCUAGUGUAUGUUCCCUGGAUAAGUAUCAAUGGAGUAAAUUAGAUGACGAGGAAUAUGAGGAUGAGGAUGAGGAUAAAGAAGAAAGACAAGAAAAUAUUGCUGAAACUGUAAAAUGGAUUAUGACUAUGAACAAUAAUACAGAAUUUUUAAGAGACGGUGAAGAAAAAAUUUGGAGUUUUAAGAAUGCUACAUCAGAGGAUAUACAACAGGGGGCGGUGGUAAGUUUGAACGAAUCUAACCAAAAGGAAGAGCAAGAGACCGAAACUGUCUACGUAAGUGUCGAUUUGGAUAGUGGUAAUUAUAAAGAAAUGAUGAAUAUUGACAAGGAUGCGAUUUUCCAAUAUUCAGGACUCGAUAGAGAUCAUCCUUUGAUUAGAAUAGGUGACAAAUUGUAUGAAGGUACGUGGUUAAAACUGUUAGGUACAGAAUUAGCAUUUCCAGAUUCUGCUUCUAUCAAUAGGCGUGAUGGAACAACUGAUGCUGACACAGUCACUGCACGAGCAGCUGAUGAGACUACAUCCACUAAUGAUAGAAAGAACAAUCACCAGGAUCAGAAACAUGCAGAGAAAAUAUAUAGAAUUACAGAUAGAUUGACCCUGCGAGGCGUCGAGCCUAUGUAA